GCCGCGCUGCUGACGUGCUGCCGGGGCUGCAGUGACUCCGCAAUGGCUGAGCCUGCCGGCGCUGAGCGCAUCCCGCAGCCUGCCGGGGAAACCCGUCCUUAGCUCCUCCGACCGCUCGCAUCCGCGCUCGGCUGCCUGGUGCCCUGCCCUGCUGAGCCUGCACAGGGACAGGGACAGGGACAGUGCCUCUGCUGUGGCUGGGCCAUGAGGGACAGAGCGAGGCCCUGAGGGUCACCAGCCAGGAGCACUGCCACCCACCUCAACAGGAUUGCUUUGAAAAGGCCCCAGAAGAUGUGAGCAGCGAGCAGCAGCGAGGGCCCCCUCAGCAUGGCCAAGAGGGGCUCCAGCAGCCGCGCCAGGGGGGACAAGCCCGACGCCCUGGCCGCCCUGCAGGCUGCCAACGAGGAGCUGCGGGCCAAGCUCACCGACAUCCAGAUCGAGCUCCAGCAGGAGAAGAGCAAGGUCAGCAAGUUGGAAAGGGAGAAAAACCAGGAAGUGAAGCAGAUCAAGGAGCACGAGCAGCACAAAAGCACAGUGGUGGUCACAGAGCUCAAAGUCAAACUCCACGAAGACAAAAUGAAAGAGCUCCAGGCUGUCCGAGAAACUCUCCUGAGGCAGCACGAAGCCGAGCUGCUCAGAGUGAUCAAAAUCAAGGACAACGAGAUCCAGAGGCUGCAGACCCUGCUGAACGCCGUGCGCGACGGGGCCCCCGACAAGGUGAAGACCGUGCUGCUGAGCGAGGCCAAGGAGGAGGCCAAGAAGGGCUUCGAAGUGGAGAAAAUCAAAAUGCAGCAGGAGAUCUCCGAGCUGAAGGGCGCCAAGAAGCAGGUGGAGGAGGCCCUGACCAUGGUGAUCCAGGCUGACAAGAUGAAGGCAGCGGAGAUCCGGAGCGUGUACCACCUGCACCAGGAGGAGAUCACGCGCAUCAAGAGGGAGUGCGAGCGCGAGAUCCGCAGGCUGAUGGAGGAGAUUAAGUUUAAGGACAGAGCAGUCUUCGUGCUGGAGAGAGAGUUAGGGGUGCGAGCCGGGCACGCUCAGAGACUGCAGCUCCAAAAGGAGGCUUUAGAUGAACAACUGUCCCAGCUCAAAGAGUCUGACCGGCAUCUGAGCAGCCCCAAGCGGGAACUUCCUUAUGCAAGUGGUGCAGGAGACGCUUCAGAUCAUUCGGGAAGCCCCGAACAGCAGUUGGAUGAAAAGGACGCGCGGCGCUUCCAGCUGAAAAUCGCGGAGCUGAGCGGGAUCAUCCGCAAGCUGGAGGACAGGAACGCGCUGCUGUCGGAGGAGAGGAACGAGCUGCUGAAACGUCUCAGAGAAGCAGAAAGUCAGUAUAAGCCCAUUUUGGACAAAAACAAACGCCUCAGUAGGAAGAAUGAGGAGUUGUCCCAUGCCUUACGUCGAAUGGAAAACAAACUGAAAUUUGUGACGCAGGAAAACAUCGCCAUGAGGCAAAGAAGUGGAGCAAUAAGGAGACCAAGCUCCCUAAAUGACCUCGACAACAGCCAGGAAGAAAGGGAAGUGGAUUUCCUGAGACUACAAGUCAUUGAGCAGCAGAACAUCAUAGAUGAGCUCUCCAAGACCCUGGAGACUGCUGGCUAUGUGAAGAGUGUCAUGGAACGUGAUAAGCUGCUACGGUUCAGGAAGCAAAGGAAAAAAAUGACAAGAAUUCCUAAGAAGCCAGUGGUGGAGACGUUCUAUGGCUACGAUGAGGAGGCUUCCCUGGAGUCUGAUGGUUCCUCCAUCUCCUACCAAACGGACCGGACCGACCAGACCCCCUGCACGCCCGAGGAUGACCUGGAAGAGGGCAUGGCCAAGGAGGAGACGGAGCUGCGGUUCCGGCAGCUGACCAUGGAGUACCAGGCGCUGCAGCGCGCCUACGCCCUGCUGCAGGAGCAGGUCGGGGGCACCCUGGAUGCAGAGCGGGAAGUCAAGACACGUGAGCAGCUCCAAGCAGAAAUUCACCGGUCCCAGGCUCAGAUAGAGGACCUGGAGAAGGCUCUGGCUGAGCAGGGACAGGACAUGAAGUGGAUUGAGGAGAAGCAGGCGUUGUACAGAAGGAAUCAGGAGCUGGUAGAAAAGAUCAGGCAGAUGGAGGCAGAGGAGGCACGGCUCAAGCACGACGUGCAGGACGCCAAGGACCAGAACGAGCUGCUGGAGUUCAGGAUCCUGGAGCUGGAGGAGAGGGAGCGGCGCUCCCCGGCCAUCACCUUCCACCACGGCCCCUUCACGGAGGGGAAGAGCCCCCUGCAGGUGUACUGCGAGGCUGAAGGUGUAACAGACAUUGUAGUGGCAGAGCUGAUGAAAAAGUUGGACAUUUUAGGGGAUAACGCCGUAAGUAAUCUGACCAACGAGGAGCAGGUGGUCAUCAUCCAGGCCAGGACUGUCCUCACGCUGGCUGAGAAGUGGCUCCAGCAGAUCGAGGUGACCGAGUCUGCGCUGCAGCAGAAGAUGCUGGACCUGGAGAACGAGAAGGAGCUGUUCAGCAAGCAGAAGGGAUACCUGGACGAUGAGCUGGACUUCAGGAAGCAGUCCCUGGACCAGGCUCACAAGCAAAUUCUGGAAUUAGAAGCCAUGCUCUAUGAUGCCCUGCAGCAAGAAGCUGGAGCCAAAAUUUCCGAACUUCUUUCAGAAGAGGAGAAGGAGAAGCUGAAGAGCGCCGUGGAGCAGUGGAAGCGGCAGGUGAUGAGCGAGCUCCGCGAGAGGGACGCCCAGAUCCUGCGCGAGAGGAUGGAGCUCAUCCAGCACGCCCAGCAGAGAAUUAAAGAGCUAGAAGAAAGAAUUGAAGGCCAAAAAAGACAAAUAAAAGAGUUAGAGGAAAAGUUUUUAUUUUUGUUUUUAUUUUUCUCUUUAGCUUUCAUUCUUUGGUCAUAGUCCUUCAGGCCACAUGCACAAGCCCCUGAGGCCGCUGCGGCUGCUCCUGCUGCCCCUGCCCGAGGGACAGCCCUGCUUCCCCAGACCCACACAGAGACUUUGCCCCUUCCACCCUCGGAUCU